UUGACAUAUCUGGCUCGACUGGAAGGCUUUUACUAGAAGCGUUUCUUUAUAGUGCCGCGUCAAUAGACGGAUUUUUGUUACAUAUUGUUUUAGCUGAAAUCGAAUUAUCAUAAUUGUUUCUCUCGUACAAUUCAUAAGCUGAUUCUUCUCCUGGCAUCUGAUUGUGAGAUUUGUGACAAUGACGGCUCAAGAUCAGAUGAGAGCCAUGCUGGACGAAUUAAUGGGCACAGGCCGGAAUGGUGAGAACAGUAAAUACCAAGUAAAAUUUACGGAUCCAAAAGUUUGCAAGAGUUUUCUACUUGCUUGCUGUCCUCAUGAAAUUCUAUCAUCUACGAGGAUGGAUCUUGGUGAGUGCCCAAAAAUUCAUGAUCUUGCAUUAAGAGCUGAUUAUGAAAAAGCUGCAAAAGAUCGUGAUUAUGCAUAUGAUAUCGAUGCUAUGGAACAUUUGGCUUCAUUCAUUGGAGACUGUGAUAGGCGUACAGAAGGGGCCAAACUUCGAUUGGCAGAAACUCAAGAGGAAUUGACGGCGGAGGUGGCCAUUAUAGCAAACUCUGUACAUGAAGUUGCAGAAGAAAUAGGAAAGAAGCUGGCUAAGGCAGAAGCUCUUGGGGAAGAAGGAUUUGUUGAAGAAAGUAUGAAACUCAUGGAAGAAGUUGAAGAAUUGCGUAAAAAGAAAAUGGAAGCUGAACAGGAAUAUAGAAAUUCAAUGCCAGCAAGUAGUUACCAACAGCAAAAGUUACGGGUUUGUGAAGUUUGUUCUGCAUAUUUAGGCAUCCAUGAUAAUGAUAGGCGUUUGGCAGACCAUUUUGGUGGAAAAUUACAUUUAGGUUUUAUAAAAAUUAGAGAAAAACUUGCAGAAUUGAAAAAACUUGUUGAAAGCAAGAAAGACGAAAGAGCUGGUAGAAGCCGAGAUAGAGAUCGUGAAGAUAGGUACAGGGAUCAAAGAAGUCGCAAUCUAUAUGUCGGCGGAAGGGAACUAGACCGACGUUCAAGGAGACAUAGAUCUCGUAGCCGAGACAGAAGACGCCGUAAAAAGAACACAAAAGAUGCUUCAAAUUAUACUUUUUUUUUUUAUUAUUGUAGAUCUCAUCGAAGAUCUCGAAGCCGCAGUCGGCGUUCGUCAUCCAGAAGAUCUUCUUCUCGAGAUAGAAGAUAGAAGAGGUAUCACACAGUCUAAUGUGAAUAUU